AUGUUUCUUUUCGAAGUUUUUUUUUCUGCUUCCUUUUGCCGGCGCUUGGCGCUUGUAAAACCCAAAAAGGCAAAAAAGAAAAAGAAGCUCCAAAAUAUUUUCUUCAUCGACUUUCUUUUUUAUCCAGCUUUUCUCAACGCAGCAGAAGGCGAGCAGACACCACCGAGUCUCUACGACGACGUUGGGCUAUUCAGCAUGAUUGGAACAGGAGCACUCUCCCAGCCUGCCGCUGCGCGGUUAGUGCUGCGCGGAUGCUCUCCUUUGACCUCUACAGCAGGCGCCCGAGGACAUCUUGCUGGCCGCCGGAUAAUUACCCCAACCACUCUUCGACACUUCAGCUCCCCAAAUACCAUUCACACGACCUCUAGCCCGAUUAUCCCUUCGACCACUGGACUCUCUCACCUAUCGAGACAUGCGAGCGACCCUCUGUGGGUAAUCCUUGCUACCAAAAGAUCGUUCCACUCCGCACGCACCCUCCUACAGCAGCAGCAACAAAAACAGCAGAACCCUACGGAUUCUUCCGCCGAAGGCUCUGCGAAAGACCAAACUUCGAAGGAAGAAUCGAAGGAAGAACCGAAGAAAGACGGAGAAGAGGAAUCUGCCGAUUCCAAGAAGGAAGAUGGAAAGAAAAAGGAAGAAGCACCCCCACCCCCACCCCAUGGUGACAAAACCCCAUGGCAAGUCUUCACGGAGACUCUGCGAUCCGAGUUUAAGGCCUCAAAGGAGUGGAAUGAAUCUACCAAGGCACUUGCUUCUUCCGCCCAUCAGUUCACUGAGAGUGAGUCUGUAAGGAAGGCUAGAUCCGCUUACGAAGCUGCUACCAGCACCGCGUCUUCUACGACUUCUUCGGCAUUGAAAAAGACUGGAACCGUAAUUGGCAAAGGUGCUGCCUGGACAUGGGAUACCACUGCUGUCAAGGGAAUAAGGAGUGGUGUUGCGGCAACCGGAAGGGGAAUUGAACAGGCCACACGGCCUGUCCGAGAGACAAAAGUGUAUAAAACUGCCGUGGGGAACAUGAAGGAAGUCAUAGAUGAUGGAAGCAGUUCUCGAUAUGGCGGAUGGAUCGAAAAGGAAGAGAGGCGGAAACGACGAGAGCAACGUGAAUUGAAAGAAGGCAGUAAGAAGGUGGAGCGUAUGGAAGAAGACCCAAACCCCAUGAUGCAGCGUCUUUUCUCCUUGAAGAACACUUAUGAGGAAUCCGAGAACCCGCUUAUAAGCACCGCCCGAAGCAUAUCAGACAGAGUAGCUGGUUUCUUCGCAGAAAACGAGACUGCAAUGGUAAUCAAGGCCUUCCGACAAAUGGAUCCAAAUUUCCAGAUCGAACCAUUCCUACGCGAGAUGCGAGAAUAUAUUCUGCCAGAAGUUCUAGAUGCCUAUGUUAAGGGAGAUGUUGAAACUCUUAAGCUAUGGCUGUCCGAUGCCCAGUUCCAUGUCUACUCUGCCCUUACAAAACAAUACAAGACUGCUGGCCUCAAGUCUGAUGGCCGAAUCCUUGAUAUCCGGCAUGUCGAUAUCUCUCAUGCCCGUAUGCUGGAGCCCGGUGAUAUCCCAGUUUUUAUCAUUACCUGCAGGAGUCAGGAGGUCCAUGUCUAUCGAAAGGAGAAAACUGGCGAACUCGCCGCCGGCAUGGAAGACAGGGUACAACUCGUCACCUAUGCCAUCGGUGUCACUCGAAUUCCAGAUGAGGUCAACAACCCCGAGACUCGUGGCUGGAGAUUGAUUGAGCUGCAAAAGUCUGGCAGGGAUUACAUUUAA